AUGCGAGCGCCUUCCGUGGCUCAUCCCCAGGACCAAUCGCCUCUCUUCACGACACUGCCCCUCGAAAUCCGCCACCACAUCUACAAACAGCUGUGGCUUGACUAUGGCCUUACCCAGCAUAUCCUUGCAUUUAAUGAGAAGUCGUACCUCCUGAGAUUCCCAUGUGUCCUCAGCCCUGAGGAGCUCAACCGGGACCCUGGCUCGCCGGCUGCGUCUAUGCUUCCUACUCCACCUACCGAUGCCGGAGAUGCCACGGACGUCGCGGGUGCCACCGUUGACGCUGACGGUGCCAAUGAGAACGGCGUUAUCGAGGAGCUGCAGUCACACGAUGACCCGGGUGACAUCGCCGGCGCCAUCCAAGACUUGAGCGGUGGUGACUUCGAGCUGCCUAACAACGACCCGUGGUGCGCCCACUUCGCCUGCUUCCGCAACUGCUCUCAGAAAUGGGACCACUCGUUCUCGAGCAUGUACACGGCGUGUUACAGGAGAAGAGGCGAGCCCGACCUUAGGAACAGCGCCAUCCUCACCACCUUUUUGGUGUGCAGGCGGAUGUAUCAGGAAGCGAGCGAGGACCUGUUUACCAAGAUGCGCUUUUCCUUCAGCGGCAUGGUUGCCAUGGACAUAUUCCUGAGCGAGGUGCCGCGGGGACUACAUUCUCGGAUCCAAUUUGUCAGCAUCACGUCUGGUAAUAUGGGCUCAGUCCCUGGAGCAUCCUCUACACCCGACAGUCGUCCACCCGCUCAAGAGGUACACGACAAAGUCAAGGCAUCUUUCCCUAGAAUUCAGGAGCUCCGCCUGAGCCUACACCCCCAGCGUACCGGCCAACCCAUCCCGCAGAAGCAGGACCUCGAACCACUAUACGCACUGGCCCGCGAGCUAGAAAACCUCCGCAAGUUUGAGGUCUUCCUGCCGACAAACUACGAGGCUGGUAGUGAGGUUCGCUACGGCCACGCGCCUAACUCGUUCCAACAUGCGCCAUUCACUGUCAAGAUCGUGCCUCCCGGCUGGCAUGAGAACGAUGACUGUCGGCAUUUCCGCAGCCAGUGA